CCAUGAGGACCUUCACAGGUAGGCUCUGUCUCUGCUCCACUCUCCAUGAUUUGACUAUACAAAUGUGAAUACUGUAUACUCCUGUGCCACUUGACACAACUCACCUUAGAGAACUCUUCAUGACUGUAGUGGUUGCCAGGAUGCGAUGGAAUUUCCCCGUUUUACCUUCAAUCCAAAGGAAGGGAUUGAUAAUCCAGCUCUGGUCAUCGGUGAUGAUCCUGAGCCUGACCCGAGCCCCGUGCUCACACUGUGCCAGCUGAAGCGCUUGGAGGGACAAAGCUUCGGCUUCUACCUGCGGAUGGACAACCGCAGCCGGGCCUUUGAGAUCAGAGAUGUGGACCCAUGGAGUCCUGCAGGGCAUAGUGGCCUCAAGGACGGAGACCGGGUGCUGGAGGUCAAUGAGGAAUACGUGGACAACACAAACUUCACCAGGAUUGUGAGGAAGAUCCAGUCAUGCGGCUUACACUUGUUCCUCCUGGUAUUGAGGAGGGAAGAGCACGAACAGGCAGUGUCUAUGGGUGUGGACUUACAGAUGCUGGCCAAGGCCUCUAAAGGGGACCGCUGGUCCAGACCGAGACUGUGUCACAUCAGCAGACACCCGGAGCAUGGCCUGGGAAUGACCAUCGUCUCAGUGGAAGGUCAAAAGGGCCAGUAUAUUGUGAGCACAGUGGCUGACGGUCCAGCAGAGAGAGCUGGAGUCUGCUCCGGGGACAGACUGAUGUGGAUCAACGGGGUCACCGUGUCGACCCUCCCACACGCCGCUCUCAGCAGAACUUUGAAGAAGAGUGGGGGCUCGGUGACGGUGCUGGUGAUCGACCCUGAGAGCCAGUCUUGUAACGUCAGGAGGAAGAUGCCCACCCUGCCGGUGGGGGCAGAGUGCUGCGGCCUGCCCUACACGCCCAAAACCAUGCAGCUGGUUAAAGACCAAAAUGGAUACGGCUUCCUGCUGAGACAAGAGAAGCUGGGGGGAGUUCGAAGGAUAGUCCAUGUGCUGAGGGAGAUUGAUGUGGGGAGUCCGGCUGAGGGGGCAGGGAUGGAGGAUGGAGACCUGCUGCUGGCUAUUAACGGGAAACCUGUCGAGUCCAUGGAGCAUGAGGAAGUCGUCAAAGAGGUUAGACAGAGCGGUAAUGCAGUCGUCUUCACCUCCAUAUCUAUCCCAGGAAGAGACUUUUACAGAGAGUUAGGAAUUUCUCCAUUGUUGUUCUAUGACGAAUGUUCAGCAAAGGAUAACAGCGUCUCACACUGCACUAAGAACCAGAGUGGAACCUCGCUGAAAGAUGGAGUUGGAAGUCAAACUAAUCCAACAACAUAUGUCCCGGAUCAGUCAGGAUCUUUACCCACACAGCUGUCAGAGAGAACAGGUGAUGUUUUCUUGUGAUGGGAAUACACAGAACAAGCAUCACAUCAGGAGACAGGAAGACCAGGAGCUAGUAAUGGUCUCCUGGGACCGGUGUUGGGCCCACGUUUUUGUGUUAAUAAGAUUGCAUGAAUUGGUUUGUUAACCCUCUGAAGUCCAAAUGUACUUUUUGAUUUAUAUACUUUUGUUAAUUAUAAGCAAUGGUCAUGUUUUUGAGUGAAAGAUACUGUAUGAUGUAAGCUGUGAACUGUCUUUACAAUAUUGAGCAUUAUAUAUGGUAAAUGGGCUGGCAUUUGUAAAACGACCACUCAAAGCACUUUACAACACUAGCCAGCAUUUACUCAUUCACACACACACACACACACACACACACACACACACACACACACACACACACACACACACACACACACACACACACACACACACACACACACACACACACACACACACACACACACACACACACACACACACUCUCAGGGAGCAGUUUGGGUUCAGUGAAGGCCCAAGGACACUUCGAUACUCGACCUCCUGAGCCACAGCCGCCCAUAUACAAGCAAAUGAAUAAAUAUGUGUAUCGCUAAAUACUCUGCUAAGUCUGUUUUGGUCUUUAGUGUUAUAUGAUUAGCUGUAAAACAUUUUGUUUUUUUUACCCUUUUCACUAUCCAGGCCACAAGCCUGGAACAAAGUACAUUUGAGUCCUGACGUGGCCCCAUAUAGAGAAAUAGAUAAAUGAAAAUCAGUCAAAAUUCCAUGUGAGUAUUAUUUUGGCAUGGUAGAUUGGUUCCAAUGCAGUAAUAAAUGUUUGUUAAAUAUUAUGUUCAGAGAUAUUUUACAAUAAAGAUCAUAGAGUUCAGUCCGGUGUUUCCAGAAAAUGACGGUUUAUUACAUGUAUGGGAACAUGCCGUUUUCAGAUAGAGCUUUACCGCCUUCAGGAGGGGAGAAGUUAAAAGAAUGUUAGGGGUCUGCACGUAAACAGCUGCCGCACGAUAAAAGUAUAAAUUAGCAGACACUAAAUACUAUAAAGGUGGAGCUGAAGGGGAUAUAAUGUUGAAUUUAGGGCUGAGAAAAAACGUUUCAGAAACAAGGCACCACUCUAUAACAUAAAUGUGAUUUACUACAACUUUAAAUUAAGAUCACUUUUUGAUAACAUGCAGAAAUGAGCACAACACUCCCAAAACAUAUCAUUGUUGGUUUAAAGAUGUUUGUUUUUGUAUUAUAAAAUUUCAUUUUCUAAUUAUUACUUGAAGGCACCAUGGUUGAUACGCUCAUAUAAUCCUAGAGAAAGUAACUGUAUUAUGCCAGGAUUUCUAUUCUUUAUUUUGUAUCUUCGGAAAAAGGGGGGGGAAAUAAUAUAUGACUUUGUGUGUAAUUUGGCAGAUGAACAGUCAAAAGAUACAGGAUUAAAUCUCUAAUAUAUAUAUUUGCUAUCCUGCAGCAUACAAAGUGAUUCACAUUAGCUGCAAGCUUUGAUAACACUUAAAUGUAUCAAUAGAAUCAAAUAUAUUGUACACGGUUGCCCAUAAAGUUGGAAUACAAUCAUUUUUUACCUAUUCUCAUGAAAUUGUUGUGACAAUGUGAUUUAUACUUGAUAGAUAAGUGUAUAACUUCUCAAAACUUUAUUGAUCAAUCUCUUCCAAACACAUCACAUAUGAAAAUUAAAUAGGAUGAAAGAGGAAUGUUUCUGGAAACGAAAUUAUUAUGGGCAACAGUGUAUAUAUUCUGAAAUGGAUCAAUCUGCAUAUUAAGUACUAAGUAGAUUUUGAUGCUAAUACCUUUCCACUUUUACUGGAGGAACAUUUUGAAUGCAGGACUUUUACUGUAACAGAGUAUUACUACACUCUGGUACUUCUACUUUUACUCAAGUA